CCCGGCCCGGGUUGGCCGCCGCGUAGCCCCCGCCCCUUCCCGGGAGACCUCCCGGACGGAACCGAUCGCGGCUGGUUUGAGCUGGUGCGUCUCCAUGACGACACGCCGGCGCUAUAAGUAAGGAGCGGCGCGCGGUGGGGCUUUGUCAGUCCCUGAAGUCGCCGCCCCGGCCGCCCCUCUGCCAGCUGCUCCGGCGCCACCUCGGGCCGGCGUCUCCGGCAGGCGGGAGCCAGGCGCUGACGGGUGCGGCGGGGGCGGCCGAGCGCUCCUGCGGCUCCGGCUCCGGCUCUGCGCGGGCGGCGGCUUCCUGGCUUCUCCAUGGGGCUGGCCUGCGGCGCCCGGAUGCUCUGAGAACGUUUCCACUGUUGCUCGGAGGACACACGCAGUGGGAUUCAGAAUUCCUGGAGAAUUGCCUUUGUGAGAAGCUGGAAGUAUUUCUUUUUAAAUUCCAUCUCUUAGUUUUUCAAAGAAACAUCAAGAAACCAUGAACAACAUUAGUAAUGAAGAGUUUGACUGCCACUUGCUUGAUGAAGGUUUUACUGCCAAGGAUAUUCUGGACCAAAAAAUCAAUGAAGUUUCCUCUUCUGAUGAUAAAGAUGCCUUCUAUGUAGCAGACCUUGGAGAUGUUCUGAAGAAACACCGAAGAUGGCUAAAAGCUCUUCCUCGUGUCACUCCCUUUUAUGCAGUCAAAUGUAAUGACAGUAGAGCCAUUGUGAAGACCCUUGCUACCAUUGGGACAGGAUUUGACUGUGCCAGCAAGACUGAAAUACAAUUGGUGCAGAGUCUCGGAGUGCCUCCAGAGAGGAUUAUCUAUGCAAAUCCUUGUAAACAAGUGUCUCAAAUUAAGUACGCUGCCAAUAAUGGAGUCCAGAUGAUGACUUUUGACAGUGAAGUUGAGUUGAUGAAAGUUGCCAGAGCACAUCCAAAAGCCAAGUUGGUUUUGCGGAUUGCCACUGAUGAUUCCAAAGCAGUCUGUCGACUCAGUGUUAAAUUUGGUGCCACACUCAAAACCAGCAGACUUCUUUUGGAACGGGCAAAAGAGCUAAAUAUUGAUGUCAUUGGUGUCAGCUUCCAUGUAGGAAGUGGCUGUACUGAUCCUGAGACCUUCGUGCAGGCAAUCUCUGAUGCCCGCUGUGUCUUUGACAUGGGAGCUGAGGUUGGUUUCAGCAUGUACCUGCUUGAUAUUGGCGGUGGCUUUCCUGGAUCUGAGGAUGUGAAGCUUAAAUUUGAAGAGAUCACUGGUGUAAUCAACCCAGCAUUGGACAAGUACUUUCCAUCAGACUCUGGAGUGAGAAUCAUAGCUGAGCCAGGCAGAUAUUAUGUUGCAUCAGCUUUCACACUUGCAGUUAAUAUCAUUGCCAAAAAACUUGUAUUAAAGGAACAGAUAGGCUCUGAUGAUGAAGAUGAGUCCAGUGAACAAACCUUUAUGUAUUACGUGAAUGAUGGAGUAUAUGGAUCGUUCAAUUGCAUCCUUUAUGAUCAUGCUCAUGUAAAGCCUCUUCUGCAAAAGAGACCUAAACCAGAUGAGAAGUAUUAUUCAUCCAGCAUAUGGGGACCAACAUGUGAUGGCCUUGACCGGAUUGUUGAGCGCUGUGACCUGCCAGAAAUGCAUGUGGGCGACUGGAUGCUCUUUGAAAAUAUGGGUGCUUACACUGUAGCUGCUGCUUCUACUUUCAAUGGAUUCCAGAGGCCGACUAUCUACUAUGUGAUGUCAGGACCGACGUGGCAACUCGUGCAACAAAUCCAGAACCCCAACUCCCUACCUGAAGUAGAAGAGCAGGAUGUUGGCACUCUGCCUGUGUCUUGUGCUUGGGAAAGUGGAAUGAAACGUCCCCCAGCAACUUGUGCUUCAGCCAGUAUUAAUGUGUAGAUAUCAUUCUGUAGCUGUUCACUGCGAGUUUAGCUUGAAUGAAGGGAUUUGGGGGGACCAUUUAACUUAAUUAUUGCUAGUUUUGAAAUGUCUUUGUAAGAGUAGAGUUGGCACUGAUGCAGCAAUAUGUAAGAUUAGGAGAUGGGGUCACACUUAUCUGUGUUCCUAUGGAAACUAUUUGAAUAUUUGUUUUAUAUGGAUUUUUAUUCACUUUUCAGACAUGCUAUGAAAGAGCGCCCCUCCGCUGCUCAGCAAGCAUUUGUAGCUUGUACAGUGGCAGAAUGGGCCAAAAGCUUAGUGUUGUGACCUGUUUUAAGAAUAAAGUAUCUUGAAAUAAUUAG